AUGUUAGUUGGUUGGGGAGGCAAACAAGGAUUAGCUUGUUCUCUUUGUAAAUACACUGUACACGAACGUUGUGUUCAUUCAGCAUCUAAUAAUUGUAUUCAUACAUACAAUUCUAAUGCUUCUUCUAUGAGAGAACAACCAAUUCAACAGCAUCAUUGGAUGGAUUCUAAUUGUGCUGGAAAGUGUUCAAAAUGUAAAGCGAAUGUAGGAAUAUUUCAAGGGAGACAUUGUCGUUGGUGCAAAAAUUUGCUUCACUCAAAAUGUAUUUCACUUUGGCCAACAGCUUGUGAUUUUGGACAACUUGCUGCUAGCAUUCUCCCACCUGUAAAUAUUAUUCCAACAUUUUUGGAUAGAUCAACAACUUCUGCUACAACUAAUAAUACCUCAACUACCGUUUCUACAAUAACAACAACAAUAUUACCUUCAACUUCCCAACAACAACAGCAAAGUCAAAAUACAGCAACAGUAAACAAUAAUGGUGCAAGUGGAGGUCCUCUUCAGUUAAAAACAAUUCCAUUAUCACCAAAUAGCCGUUCUCGACCUCUCUUGGUUUUAAUAAAUCCAAAAAGUGGAGGAAGACAAGGCGAACGUAUUUUUAGAAAACUUCAAUAUUUACUUAAUCCAAGACAGGCAAGUAUUUUCAAUCAUUUAAGGUUUAAAGAAAAAAAUUUUCUUCAGGUUUAUAAUUUAAUCAAAGAUGGACCAGAACCUGGAUUAAAUUUAUUUAAAUCGUUAAAUAAUUAUAAUGUGCUAGUUUGCGGUGGAGAUGGAACUGUUGGAUGGGUAUUAGAAUCAAUGGAUAAAAUGGAAUAUGGAGAUAAUCGUCCACCAGUUGCUGUACUUCCCUUAGGUACCGGCAAUGAUUUGGCAAGAUGUUUAAAAUGGGGAGGAGGUUAUGAAAAUGAACCUUUACAGAAAAUUUUACAUCAAAUUGAGAAGGCAAAUCAGGUUUUAAUGGAUAGAUGGCAAAUAACAAUUGAACAAACUAGACGUUUUGACAAAGGAGAUCCACAACCUUAUCAUAUAAUUAAUAAUUAUUUUUCAAUUGGUGUUGAUGCUUCAAUUGCGCAUCGUUUCCAUGUAAUGAGGGAAAAAUAUCCAGAAAAAUUUAAUUCUAGAAUGAGAAAUAAAUUGUGGUAUUUUGAAUUGGGUACAAGCGAAACAUUAAGUAGCAGUUGUAAAAAUUUACAUGAACAAAUUGAUAUUUUGUGUGAUGGAGAAACCAUUGAUUUGGGUGUUGGACCUAAUUUGGAAGGAAUUGCCUUGUUAAAUAUUGCAAGCAUUUAUGGAGGUAGCAACCUUUGGGGAAAUAGCAGAAAAAGUUCAACAUCUUGGCAUAUACCUUACUUAUUUCCACAAAUUGCAAAUAGUCAAUUACAGCACAGAGUACAAGAUAUUGGAGAUAAAUUAAUUGAGGUUGUUGGCCUCGAAUCAGCCAUUCAAAUGGGACAAAUAAAAGCGGGGGUAAGGCAAGCAAGAAGAUUGGCACAAUGUUCAACAGUAGUUAUACAAACUCAUAAAACUUUACCAAUGCAAAUCGAUGGAGAACCGUGGACUCAACCACCCGCAAUCAUUCAAGUUAUUCAUAAAAAUCAAGCACCAAUGCUUAUUGGUAACCGGAAGAGGAGUACUUGGAAUUUAUUAAGACGACAACAAACUGAAGAUGUUUAA